UAAACACAAUAACAAACAAUAUCUUUAUGGUAUACCUUGAAUCACUAAAAAUUUUCAAUUGUAAUUGUACUUAUUAAAUAAAAUAACUUUUGUUAAGUGGAACAAUAGAUGUAAGAUUAAAUUUAUGUUGCCAAAAUUAGUAAAUUUAUACAUAGUGAAUUAUGCUCAAUUAUAUGUUUAUGUAAAAAUUUGCUCAAUUAUGGAACAGCAACAUCGAAAACUCAUUGAUCAAAACAUAUCUAGGUUAGUUUCUUUAACUUGUAGUUUAGAGUGUAUAAUAAAAAUACUAUUACAGAAAAAUGUUAUUAAUAAAUGGAUGGCAGAAUAUAUAAUGACUCCUAGCAAUGAAUCUAUUAGGAAAAAAAAAUUUUAUGAGGUUAUACAAUGCCGAGGGCCAAAUGCGUUCACUAUUCUUUGUAAAACUCUUGAAGAAACUUCAAACAUUGAAGCUCGUAAUGUUUUGUUAUCAUCCAAAACAAAUUUUGCUAGUUCUACAGUUUUAUUAAGUGAAAGUAUGAAUGAUGUUAGUAUAAGCAAUAGUGAUAAAGUGUAUAGAUUUAUUAAAAAUAAUGACAAUUAUGUAAAAAUUUCUCCAAAUCGUCAGCGUAUGGAUAUAGAAAUGGAUAAUUCACCAAAUGGAGUUUACCAUAUGGGAUCAAAACCAAAAGGCCACGCACUUAUUAUUAAUAUUAACAAAGUAUCUACCAAACCAAAUGAAGAAAGAACUGGCUCAGAUGUUGAUGUUAAUAGUUUAAAGAAAUUAUUUGAUGGCUUAGGUUACAAAGUUAAAAUUAAAAUUGAUAUCACACAGGCAAAAUUUCGAAAAGUUAUUAGUGGUUUUAGUGAUGUAAAAAAUCACCAGAAUACUGAUUCUAUUAUUGUUGUUAUAAUGAGUCACGGUGAAGCUGGAUGUGAUCCUUUUAGAUCAUCAGACAUAGUAACUGCAGAUGGUCACAAAAUUAAUACUGAUUGGAUAAUUGAGCAAUUUGUUUCUAAUAAGUCUUCUAAAAAUAUACCCAAAUUAUUUUUUAUACAAGCUUGUAGAGGAGAAAAUAGUGAUUAUGGAUGGUCUAAACCAACACCUCACAAACCUUCAAUAGAAAAUGAUACUACUAGUACUGGUACUAGUGGAACUGGAUCUGCUCUUUCUCGACGUUAUGAAAAUAUAUUUAUUGCUUAUUCAACUGUACCUGGAUAUUAUGCAAAACGUGAUACAGUACAUGGAUCUUGGUUCAUACAGAAAUUAUGUGAAGUUAUUAGAGAAAAUGCUUGGCAAUAUGAUUUAGACACAAUGAUGGGAAUGGUGGAUACCGAGAUAAAAAAGCUCAAUAGUAUUGAAUAUGGAUUUCAAACAGUCGAAUGGAAAUAUAGGGGGUUUAGUAAAAAGUUUUAUUUUAAUCCUGGUCUCUAUGAUGAUGAUGAAGUUCUUGAAAGUGAUCUUUAAUAGUAUUUAUUUAUAAUUUUUUAAGUUUGCCUAAUUAUUGAUAUUUUUGAUAAAUUUUUAUAAGCUUUAUAGUACAAAUUUUGAGUACAUUACUUAAUAUAAUUAUUAUUUAUUUUUGUACUUAAUAUAUAUUAAUAAAAUAUUUUUAUUAUAUAUAACAA